AUGUUCAGAGGUAAAGAAGAACCUCAGUGGACAAAGAAAGCUCAAGGAGUACAGAAGAAGAAUGAAUUGCUUGUUUCUCAACAUGUUGACUCCAAAGACAUCCCAGCCCAAGAGAAAACAGAUAAAGGGCAGGAAAGGAGCAACUGUGCUGUGUGUGGUAAAACCUUUGCACACAGGGCAGGCCUUUAUGCUCACUGGAAAACCCACACAGGGGAGAAACGAUUUAAAUGCUCUGAGUGUGAGAAGAGCUUCUAUGAGAGCACAAAACUAAUACGACACCAAAGGAUUCAUACAGGGGAGAAACCAUAUACAUGUUCAAUAUGUGGAAAGAGUUUCAGUAAUAGUGCUUACCUCACUACACAUAGAAGAUUCCAUACAGGAGAGAAACCAUACAAAUGUUCGGAGUGUGGAAAAAACUUCAGCAUGAGAACAAGCCUUACUUCUCAUCAAAGAAUUCACACAGGGGAGAAACCCUUUAAAUGUUUGGAGUGUGGAAAGUGCUUCCGUCGGGGUGAUCUCCUUACUUUGCAUCAAAGAAUUCACAGAGGAGAUAAACUGUUUACAUGCUUAAAGUGUGGAAAGAGAUUUUGUGACAAAUUAAGCUACAAGAGUCAUCAGAGAACUCACAUAGGGGAGAAGCCUUUUAAAUGCAUGGAGUGUGGAAAGAGUUUUAGUCAGACUUCGCAGGUUAAAUCACAUCGAAGAAUCCACACAGGAGAGAAACCAUUUAAAUGCUCGGAGUGUGGAAAGACGUUCAAGUGGAGUACACACCUCACUUCCCAUCAAAGAAUCCACACUGGAGAGAAACCUUACAAAUGUUCAGAUUGUAACAAGGGCUUUUGUGAAAAAUCAAGCCUUAAGAAACAUCAGAGAACUCACACAGGAGAGAAACCAUAUAAAUGCUCAGAGUGUAGUAGGAACUUUUGUGACAAAUCAAGCCUUAAGAAACAUCAAAGGGUUCACACAGGAGAGAAGCCAUACAAAUGUGUAGUCUGUGGAAAGAGCUUCCGUGCAAGUACAAGCCUUACUUCCCAUCAGAGAAUUCACACUGGGGAGAAACCGUAUCAAUGCCUGGAGUGUGGGAAAAGCUUCAGAGCAAGCACCAGCCUUACUUCACAUAAACGAGUUCACACUGGGGAGAAACCGUACCAGUGCACUGAAUGUGGGAAAAGCUUUGGUGAGAAAUCCAGCCUUAAGAAACAUCAGAGAAUUCACACUGGGGAGAAACCAUAUAAAUGCACAGACUGUGGAAAGAGCUUCAGUAUGAGCACAAGCCUAACUUCCCAUCAAAGAAUACACACUGGGGAGAAACCGUACAAAUGUUCAGAAUGUGGGAAAAGUUUCUGCCGGGGUGAUCUUCUUACUUUACAUCGAAGAAAUCACACUGGGGAAAAACCAUUUAAAUGCUUGGAGUGUGGGAAAAGCUUCAGUCAGAGUGGAGGCCUUACAUCUCAUCAAAUAAUUCAUACAGGGGAGAAACCUUUUGAAUGCACAGAGUGUGGGAAAUGCUUUCGAUGGCGUGCACAUCAUACUUCCCAUCAAAGAAUUCAUGCAAGGGAGAAACCAUAUAAAUGCCUGGAGUGUGGGAAAUGCUUCAGUGGGAGUUCCAGUCUUACUAUCCAUCAAAGAAUUCAUACAGGGGAGAAACCAUAUAAAUGCCUGGAGUGUGGGAAAAGCUUCUCUGAGAGUGGAAAACUUACUUCCCAUCGAAGAAUUCACACAGGGGAGAAACCGUAUAAAUGCCUGGAGUGUGGGAAAAGUUUUAGUCAGAGUUCACAUCUUCAUAGUCAUCAGAAAAUUCACACAGGGGAGAAACCAUAUAAAUGCCUGGAAUGUGGAAAAAGUUUCAGUCAGAGUUCAUCCCUUCGUGUUCAUCAGAAAAUUCACACAGGGGAGAAACCAUAUAAAUGCCUGGAGUGUGGAAAAUGCUUCAGUCAGAGUUCAUCCCUUCGUGUUCAUCAGAAAAUUCACACGGGGGAGAAACCAUAUAAGUGCCUGGAGUGUGGGAAAAGCUUCACACGGAGUAACAGUCUUAGUUCCCAUCAACGAAUUCACACAGGGGCCAAACCUUACAAAUGCCUGGAGUGUGGAAAAAGCUUCAGAAGGAAUAACAUUCUUACUUUGCAUCAAAUAAUUCACAAGGGGGAGAAACCAUAUAAAUGCCCGGAGUGUGGGAAAAGCUUCAGAUGGAGUUCCAGUCUUACUUUCCAUCAAAAAAUUCACACAGGGGAGAAACCAUAUAAAUGCCUGGAGUGUGGAAAAACCUUUAGGCACAGUGGAAGCCUUAACUCUCAUCAAAGAAUUCACACAGGGGCCAAACCUUACAAAUGCCUGGAGUGUGGGAAAAGCUUCAUCAAGAAUUCCAAUCUUACUUCCCAUCAAAUAACACACACAGGAGAGAAACCAUAUAAAUGCCUAGAGUGUGGGAAAAGCUUCAGUCGCAUUGGAAGCUUUACUUCCCAUCUAAGAAUUCACAAAGGGGAGAAACCAUAUGAAUGUCUGCAGUGUGGGAAAAGGUUCCGUCAGAGUGCACACCUUACUUCUCACCAAAGGACGCACACAAGAGUGAAUACAUAUAAAUGCCUGCAGUGUGGGAAAAGCUUCGCUGACAGUUCCAGUUUUACUUCCCAUCAAAGACUUCACACAGAGAAAAAACCAUACAAAUGCCUGGACUGUGGGAAAAGUUUCACUUACAGUUCCAGUCUUUCUUUCCAUCAAAGAAUUCACACAGGGGAGAAACCAUAUAAAUGCCUGGAGUGUGGAAAAAGCUUCAGUCGCCAUGAUUACCUUAAUUCACAUAAAAGAAUUCACAAAGUGGAGAAACCAUAUAAAUGCCUGGAAUGUGGGAAAAGCUUCUUUCGGGGUGACCACCUUACUUCCCAUCAAAGGAUUCACACAGGGGAGAAACCAUAUAAAUGCUUGGAGUGUGGGAAAAGCUUCUCUCACAGUUCUGCUCUUACUUCCCAUCGAAGAAUUCACACAGGGGAGAAACCAUACAAAUGCUUGGAAUGUGGGGAAAGCUUCAGUCAAAGUUCCAAUCUUACUUCCCAUCGAAGAACGCACACAGGGGAGAAACCAUAUCAAUGCCUGGAGUGUGGGAAAAGGUUCAGUCAGAGUUCGCACUUUCAUGUUCAUCACAAAAUUCACACGGGGAGAAAUCAUAACUGCAUGGAAUGUGGAAAACGCUUCAGGCAGAACAGAGACCUUACUUUCCACCAAAGGAUGCACACAAGGGAGAAACCAUAGAAAUGCCUGGAGUGUGGGGAAAGCUUCAACCAGAAUGUGCACCUUACUUGCCAUCUAAGAAUUCACAAAAGGAAGAAACCGUAUAAAUGCCUAGAGUGUGGGAAAAGCUUCACUGGCAGUUCCAGUUUUACUUCCCAUCUAAGAAUUCACAUAGGGGAGAAACCAUACAAGUGCAUGGAGUGUGGGAAAAGCUUCACUGACAGUUCUGCUCUUACUUCCCAUUGAAGAAUUCACACAGGGGUGAAACCAUAUAAGUGCAUAGAGUGUGAGAAAAGUUUCAGUCAGAGUUCACACCUUUGUUUUCAUCAGAAAAUUCACACGGGAGAAAAACCAUACAAAUGCCUGCAGUGUGGAAAAAGGUUCCAUCAGAGUGCACACCUUACUUCCCAUCAAAGGACACACACAAGGGAGAGGAAAUGUGUCACAUAUUCAUGGUUUUAA